AUGGAAGAAGAAACCUUCCCCCCACCACUUCCCACUUACACUCUCACCGCCUCCUCAAUCUCCUACUCCAAACAAACCUCCGCCGCCGCCGCUGCCACGUCAUUCCUCUCCUUCCUCAACCCUUCUUCCACCAUAACCACCACCAUACUCAACCAAGUCACCUUCACCGCCAACCCGGCCGAGAUUCUCGCCGUAGUCGGCCCGUCGGGCGCCGGAAAGUCCACCCUCCUCGACAUCCUCGCCGCCCGGACAUCCCCCACCGCCGGCUCCCUCCUCCUCAACUCCACCCCAAUCACCAACUCCUCCACUUUCCGCAAGCUCUCCGCCUACCUUCCUCAACAUGACGCCUUCCUCCCACUCCUCACCGUCGCCGAAACCUUCGCCUUCUCCGCCCGCCUCCUCUCCUCCACCACCUCCCCUUCCUCCAUCGCCGGCACCGUCUCCUCCCUCCUCGAGGAGCUCUCCCUCACCCACGUGGCGGGGACCAGGCUGGCCGCGAGGGGACUCUCCGGCGGGGAGCGUCGGAGAGUCUCAAUCGGACUUGCACUCCUGCACGACCCAGGAGUGCUGAUCCUCGACGAGCCGACCUCGAGCCUCGACUCGAGAUCCGCUCUCAGCGUCGUCCAGACGCUGAGGGGGAUCGCGAGCUCGCGGCUCAGGACCGUGAUCCUGUCGAUACACCAGCCGGGGUUCAAGAUCCUCUCCAUGAUUGAUCGCGUGGUGCUGCUGAACAAAGGAAGGGUGGUUCAUUGUGGGACGGUUCCUUCUUUGGAGGGUUACUUGGUGUCCAGCGGGUUUCCGGUGCCCGAACAGCUCAACCCGCUUGAAUAUGCCAUGGAGAUCAUUCAUCACCUCGUUUCUGAUCCGACGAAGACGACGACGACAGCGACGGAAAUGGUCCUGCCCUCACCGGAUCAUACCCCACCAUCGGAUCACAAAAAUGUCGUCAAAAGGCACAGAUGCUCGCGGGCCCACGAGAUCGCCGUCCUCCACUCCCGCCUGUGGAAGGUCAUCCUCCGAACAAAACAGCUCCUCCUCACCAACGCCAUCCAGGCCGUCGUCGUCGGCCUGGUCCUCGGUACGAUCUACGUCGACGUCGGGCUCAACAAGCAGGGGAUCGAGAAACGUUUCGGCCUCUUCGCGUUCACCCUGACGUUCCUCCUCUCCGCCACCACCGAAACGCUCCCGAUCUUCAUCAACGAGCGCCCCAUCAUCCUUCGAGAAGCUUCCGGCGGCGCGUACAGGAUCUCCUCCUACCUCCUCGCCAACACACUGGUCUUCCUCCCUUACACCCUCGCCGUCGCUGCCCUCUACUCCGCCUCGCUCUACUUCCUCGUCGGCCUCUGCGCCACGUGGCGGGCGUUCGGCUACUUCGCCCUCGUCGUGUGGGUGGUCCUCCUCAUGGCCAACUCCUUCGUCAUGUUCCUGUCCUCCGUGGCGCCCAACUACAUCGCCGGGACCACCCUGGUCACCGUCAUACUCGCCGGGUUCUUCUUGUUCUCCGGCUACUUCGUGUCGUCGGCGAGCAUGCCGAGGUACUGGCUGUUCAUGCACUUCGUGUCCAUGUACAAAUAUGCCCUCGACGCGAUGCUGGUGAACGAGUACUCCUGCCUUGUGGACAAGUGCUUUUAUUGGUACGGGGCCGGAGGAGAGGAUGGUCAAAGUGGCGGCGGCGGUGGCGGUGUUUGCAUGGUGACCGGUGCUGACGUGUUGAGCCAGCGUGGGCUCCACGAGGGGCUGAGGUGGCGGAAUGUGUAUGCCCUGAUGGGGUUUUUUGUCGUUUACCGGUUGCUUUGUUGGAUGGCGCUGGCCAGGAGGAUUUCCAGGGCGAAGAAAUAA